AUGAGUCUCAGCCAUUGUGGGGAGUGACGUCGUCGGCUUUCAUCGUCAUUUUUCCGCGUGGGGACCGAUUUUGGCUUCAGAUGCUGCAUCUACGACCUCGCGUGCAAGUCGGACGGAUCAGAGAUCUUGGUCGCCGCCGACCACAAGGUCAUCAUCUACGACGGCUUCGACGGGACGUCGCUUCAGACACUCAAAGGUUAGAAAUUCACGUUGAGAAACAACCGACGAUAUAUUUUCAAGCCGGGGGUUUCAGGACACAAGGACGUGGUCUACGCGGUCGCCUGGUCCAACGACGGCGAGAUUUUUGCCAGCGGCAGCGCCGACAAAUCUGUCAUCAUCUGGAACGAACACCACGAAGGCACCCUCAAGUACACGUAAGUUUUAUCAUUUCGAUCGGUUGAUCACCUUUGAAACAGUAAACUUCUGAUUCCGUUUAUCAAAUUAAUGUGUAUAGACAUUCCGACGCCGUUCAAAGAAUCGCCUUCUCACCCGUUUCAUUGGUUCUCCUCAGCUGCGCUAUAGGAGAUUUUGGUGUGUUUAUUUUUCAUGUUUACACAAGAUUAAGCCAUUUUGAUACGAAGAAGAAAGAAAAAAUCAGAAGAACGAAUCAAUUUUUUAUGAACUUCAUGUAACAUCGUCUCAGAAAAAAAAACUUUAUCGAGAAUUUAUUAUUUUCUUGUUUUCACCUAGACGACCCAUACAUUUUGAGGAAUCUGGUCAACGACGGACAAGAACGUGGUGAAACAGCGGGUGGACGCUAGAUGCUGCAGCUGCGCCUGGAACUCUGACGGCACUUUGUUCGCCAUCGGCCACGGCGACGGGACCGUUCAGAUCCGCAAGACAAGUACCGUCGUACGUCUUGAAAUCUGAAGCCGGACGACAGGAGACCUUUCAGAGAGAAGUUCAGGCCGACGAGCCAUUCAUUCGGAUCGAACGCGGCACCGAGCCGGUUUGGGCUCUUGCCUUCAGUUUUUACCGCUUUGGAAACGACUCCAACCUCCAGUCUUCUGAAGAGUAUUUCCGUGUUGAUAUUGUCGAUUCUGAGUACCUUUCCAGAUCUGCUGCCGAGAUCUUGGCUGUGACCGACUGGCAUCACACUUUAUCUUUCUACGACUUGAAAGGAAAUAAGGUGUUUCGAAACGCGCUCCAAUUUCAGUUUUGUGUAUUCUCAGAUCUCGGCUGACAAGGACCUCAGUUUCGAGCCCCAGUGUGUCGAGUAUUUCAACAACGGACAGUUUUUGCUCAUCGGCGGAUCCAACAACCAGCUUCUGAUGUACACGCGCUUCGGUCAGAGACUGGCUUUCGCCUCCCGAAAGAUCAGAUACUUCCAGGUCUCCCACUGGGUAUCGUCGCUCAGAUGGACACCUGGGUGUGGAGCGUCAAGUCGAAGCCAAACAGCACUUCGGUCGUCAUCGGCUGCGUCGACGGCACUCUCGCCUGCUACAACUUGAUGUUCAGCACCGUUCAUGGCUUGCACCAGGAACGCUACGCGUACAGGUUGGGGUCUCUGCAGUCAAACCUUUUUUUUCGAACUCGUAUUUUCUUUUUAGCCAUCAUGAUAACCAAUGUUAUAGGAAAGUAGCUGAGCUGCUCAAAUCUGUAAAAGCUCCGAGAUUUUCUGAAUAAGUGCUUCAAACUUCCCAUGUUCCCUUGAUGUCUCGUUUUUAUGGAGUGCUCAUAAUUCUCACCUUGAACUUGCUGUUUCAGGGAGAAUAUGACGGAAGUAAUCGUCCAGAAUUUGGUCCACCAUACUUCAACGCGAAUCCAAUGCAACGAUCACGUCAAGAAAGUCGCUCUAUAUGGAACCAAGCUGGCGGUUUGAUCCUUCUCGCCUCAAGUUUUCGAUCAAAACGGCCAGAUCCAACUCUCCGAUCGACUGAACAUCUAUCGACAGUCUUCUUCGGAUUCAGAGCCGCUCGAGUACAAGUUAGCGGAAAAAAUCAAAGAGUCCUUCGACUGCUCCUUACUGGUAACAUUUCGUAAGAAGGAAGUAGCUAAAGAUUUUUCGGGGAGGUGGUAACUGCCCUGCACAUUAUUCUGUGUCGGGACGAGCAUCUGCUCUGCUACGACCACAGAGGUCUCAAACAACGCGAAUGGAUGCUCGACUCCCAAAUUCGGUACAUCAAGGUCUUUUUCACGAGGAAAAGAGUUGAUUAAUAGAAGGAUUGAAGGUUAUUGGCGGAGCUCCAGGAAGAGAAACGAUAGUUGUGGGUCUGAAGGACGGACAAGUCUACAAACUCUUCAUUGACAAUCCUUUCGCCAUCGAAGUCCUCAAACUGACCGUUCCGAUUAGAUGUGUUGACCUCAACGCCGAUAGGUUAACUUUUCAGAAUACUUUCCACAAAAAAAAGUUUUUUUUUUGCAAAAUUAUCGAAAAUCGGAACAUACGGCAACUGAAAGUAUUCAUUUACAGAACUCUAGUGGCAACUGUGGACGACACGUCUCUGUGUUCCGUUUACGAUAUCAAAACGAGAGAAUGUCUUUUUCAAGUUGAAACCAAGGCUAAUCUUGAAGUCGAUCGGUUUUUCCAGGAACCCCACUGCAACAGCGUGGCGUUCAACACAGAAAACGAGAAUAUCCUCUGCUACACCACCAACACGACGUUGACCAUCCGCGCUCUCAACUACUCGGGUCAUUCACAGCGGAUGAUGGUAGGAGGAGUUCAUGGUUCAAAAAAAGGUUCCGGAAACUUGAAAUCGGCAGUUUUAUGCUGUCAGUUCAUUAAUGGGCUGUUUUGAAAUGGGCUUUUAUUUCCAUGGUCAGACUCCAUAACCGCAAAGCUCCCAAUUCAUCAUUUUAGUAGAUCUACUUUUUCAAGGCCGAGGAACGUAGCGGUUUGACAAGUUCAGUCAAUAAAUGAAAACUAUUCGAAAAUGAGGGAAAGUGGUUACCAAAAAAUGCGGUGACCCUGCUCGAAAUUAGUUUCGCAGGAGAGUUUCUUGAAGAAUGGUUGGACCUCUUGCAGGGCUUCGUUGUGGGCUUCUCAGGAAACAAGGUGUUUUGUCUGCACAUGUACCAGAUGAACGCCUUCGAGGUCCCUUUCUCCAUCCAACUCUAUCAAUACAUUGAGGACAAGAACUUCGAGUGAGAUGCUCUGAAAACCGAUCGAAAAAGUGAAAAAUGCAGACAGGCCUUCCGAUUGGCGUGUCUUGGCGUGACCGAGGAGGACUGGAACUUGCUCGGCCACGAAGCUCUCAGAAGCGGCGAAUUGGAAAUCGCGAGCAAGUCGUUUGCGAGGACCAAAGACAUCCGAGCUCUGCAGUUGAUACACGAAAUAAAAGUUUCUUUUCACUUUUCUAAUAGGACUUUCAAUGCCAAUUUUUCUCUUUCAGAUUUGUCCUUUCAAUCUUAUUUACACAUACCACAAAAAAGCAGCUCUCAGUUAAAGCAAUUAUUCAGGAGAUGCGGAAGAAUGGAGACCCGGAACUGCUCGUUCAGGCUCACAUCAUGGCCUACGACGGCAAAUUCCGCGAAGUGGCGCAGAUCUAUCGCGACAACGGCUUCGAGAACAAGGCGAUGGAGUUGUUCACCGACCUCAGGAUGUUCGAAGAGGCUCAGGUGCCCCCUUUUCGAAGGAAUAUCAGACGGUGUUUCAACGAAGAAAUGGAAAAGAGAGACUGAAGUUCUUGACAGAGAGAUUAGGAUCAUGAUACACGAGUUCGCUCGCUCGUUCAUAAGUUCAAAUUUGGUAUCAGAAACUGCUGAAGAAAUCUUUGAACGGAGUUGUAGUCGGGAAGUUUUAUUUCCUCGGUUUUGAUCAUUAUUCGGAGGGAAAAUAAACUCGUCGCUGUCCUUUCCCAAUCUUCAUCAUUUUCCAAACAUGUAUAAAUUUGAAAACUAUCCUCUGCUAAAAGAUUUCAGAUUAAACGUUCUUGAUACUUCAGAUUCUAAGAAACAAAAACUCGUGAAAAAAGAUGAUAAUGUUCUAAAUUCACUCUUUGAAGGAAGUCAUGACGACGGCGUCUGGAGAGACGCAGAGAAUGUUGAUGCGCAAGCGGGCGAUCUGGGCGAAAGACUCGAACCAGCCCAAAAUGGCAGCCGAGAUGCUCAUUUCUUCUGGAGACCUGGACAAAGCGAUGCAAUUGAUCAUCGACAACGACUGGAUGGACAUGUUCAGUGUCUUUUUUGCUCAUAAAUACUAAUAACGACGGAAAAAAAAAUAAAACACAAAAAAUAACAUGGAAAAAGGUAUUAGGAACAUGUUGCGAAUUACAUGUAUGCGGCAUACAGUAUGCCCUAUCAAAAUUUUCAAUUUCCAGGGCCAUCGAUAUAAUGAGGAAGUUGGACAGAAGCGAUUUAGACACGAUUAGAAAAUUGGCCUCGUAUUUUGUGCGGGUAACAUUUUUUGCAUGGACAUUUAUGAAUAAUCGAGCUGUUCAGAAAAACGAGUUCGGACUUGCUUCAAGGCUCUUCGGAAGCAUCAACGACACGAAAGCGAUCGUCGAGAUGCACGUCAAUGCCGGCCAUUGGACCGACGUCGGUCAUUCUGAAUUCUGGAGAACUUCUGAAAGUUCAGGCCUUCGCCAUCGCCGACCGCAACCCGAAGUAUGUAGAGGACGUCUACCUACCGUAUGCUCGACAUCUUGCCGAACAGGAUAAGUUCGAAGAAGCCCAGAAAGGUGAGAAACCUGUCGACGGCCAGGUGCCGAGGUUUUGAUCGGCUUGCUUAGUCUUGUUUCUUUAAUCCGCCGACGCUCAAGGAAGUAAGUUCUCGGGUUCAUUUUUUUCUUGUCGUUGUUUGGAAGUACCAUCUUCCAAUAGAUAACUAAAUUGAAACUCUUGAGCAAAGCCGGUCAAAAGCGCUUCACAAUAUUUGAUUGAACUCCAUUCAAAUAUUAACUACCUUUUAGUUGAAUCGAAAUCAUUUAAUAGUUCUAGAUUUAAAAAAACAGGAAGGUUUACUCGAAGUCAGAACCUGAUAAUAUUCGAAAAAAGUUCAGUUGGAGUUGUAAAAUUUACGGAAUAAACUAAUGGCAUAACAUACAUUGUCGAGAAACGAUUUCAGCAUUCCACAAGGCGGGAAAGGAACAGGAAGCUUUGUAUGUCCUGGAGCAACUCACCUCAAACGCGGCCAAUGAAAGUCGCUUUGCCGAUGCCGGGUUGGUAAUCCCAAGAAAAUACCGAAAAAAGAGGCCUUAGGUACUACUUCUGGCUACUGAGCAUGCAGUUUCUGGACCAGUGUUCGGAAAACCCCUCUCUGAUCCCCAAAUACGAACAAACGGCCAAACUCGCCGAGGCCUACCACGCCUAUGAUGCCGUCUUCCUGUACUGUGUAAGUUUUAUGUUUGCCUAAAAAAAUUAAAAUGAAAAUUUUCUCAAGAAAGUUCAUUGUUUUUUUGAAAAAAACAUGUGAACUUUCACUUUUUAUGGAACAACCCUUCAGCGAUGCGAAAUCAUGAUUAUGUAAAAAGUUUGAAAUUAAGAAUAGAUUUUUCGGUUUUUAGCCAUGACAAGUUCUUCCAAUGUUGGUGCACCCCAGUUAUAGUUUUGAAUAACUUCAGUCAUAUUCAAAUUGGACUGAACUAAAAUCUGAGCUACGAAACCCAUUUGGACAGUCUCAAGUUUCGAAGGGAGCUAGCCGUGUUCCGUUAUGCUCUCGCAUCCAUAUUCAUACCAAAAUUGUGAGAUUAUAGUAGAAUUAUUUGAAUAGGUUUAUAUGUCUCCUAUUCGGAAAGAAAGAGUCUGGUUGAAAGUAGAAUUAUGGCUCAAAACACAUGUUCCAGAAUCAACCGUUCUCCGUGCACUCCCACGAGACUUUGCUCAACAUGGCGCGGUAUCUCGCUUUCCAGCCAGUUCUGCCCUGUGUGUCGCGUGUGUAAGGACUUUCUCCCUCGAAGUGAUUCAAAUUUCAAGCUCAGUCUCAUUUUCUUCACGAUCGCGCGGAUCGGCAUGGAGUUGGGAGCGUUCAAAGCGGCACGGGAAUCUCUCGAACAGCUGACUCGGCUGCGACUUCCUUCGCGGCUUGAGGCCCCCACGGAGAUCAUGACGCUCAAUGUUCGUGCUAAGCCGUUUGCUGACGUCGAGGAGCUCCUCCCCAUGUGUUAUAGGUCGGUCUCAUCGAACAUGUCUCGGCUAGUUCCGUUGCAGACUUCCAAGCCUCUUGACAAGACCUGAUUACUAAUCCGGAAGAUCUCAGUCAAUUCUUGACUUUCUUCCGUGGCUCAUUUCACCGUGAAUACGCAAUUUGCUAGACUCUUACUUAUUUGAGAAGUAACUGACAGGAACAAGGGUAAUGGAAUGACUGAAAAGAAGUAAUAAUAUAAUAAAAAAGUUGUAGAAACUCUUUAUGACACUAGUCACCUGAGAGCUUGAUCGAUCCCAAACUGAAUCUUUUUGGGAACGUGGAGACUUCCUUUGCAUACAAAAAAUGAACUUUUAUCCACUGUUGCGGAGUAAAAAUCUGCGACUACCUCAGUCUUUAGAACAAAACCCAUGUAUUGUGGGAAUUUCCUCCAACUUUUUCCUACCUGCGUUAAGUUCCUUUCUUUUUCCUGUGUUUCCUGAGUGUAAGGUGUCUAGUUCGGUUGCUUUUCUGAUUUUUCGUUUCCAAAGGCUACCUCUUUUUACUCCUGUCUUAGAUUAAUCAUUUGCUUCUCAGAUGCGGUCUGAACAAUCCAGUGAUGGGCGGUCCGGCCUGUCUCCACUGCAAAACGCCCUUUGUCUAUUCAUUCGCCACUUUCGGUCUGAUCUUUCUAUUUUCAAAGCUCAAAAUAAAAAUUAACAGAAAUCCUGCCGUUGGUCGAAUUCAGUGUAGCUCAAGACAUUUCGAGCGAAGAAGCGUUGCAACUGAUCCAGGCAGAGCCGCCUUUAGAGGACGCCAACUUCAAUCCUUUCCACAAUGUUGUUUUUUUUUUUCCUUCUCAAGGCUUUUAACAUUCUAACACUUCAGAAAAAAGGAACACCUGUGGUUUUGGAUCGAGAGAAGUUGGCUCGAUUGGAGCAAGGCCAAGUGGUGGUCAUUCCGAACAGAGAGCCGCUCCAGCCUCGCUACUUCUUCAACACGAUGCCGACCAUUUCCAUCGCACAGUGCUCGUCGUGUUUCAAGGUUCAAUAAUACUUUCGAUGUCCUUUUGAGAUAGCUUUUUGGCAGCUUUUCCACUUGGACGACUUCGAAAUGGCGGUUCUGCAGAAAGGAUACUGUCCUUUCUGCAGAACUUCUCUUCAAAGAAAUGCCGGCUUGCAGUACGACGAAGAAGACGACGAACCACCCAAAAUCCCUUCUUUUGGCCAAUUCUCAUAA